AUGCUGUCAAAUUUGCGCAAUUUCUCUAUUAUAUCGCUCCUUUCCUCAUAUCUUGUCGUUUCUUUCCAGCCAGGAUGGGCUAAGUUGGGAUUCUUCGGCACGUUCGUUGCCAUCUGGUCUCUCCAAGUAUUUGUAUAUUACGGUAUUUGGAGAGUCAUAUUAUAUCCUAAAUUAUUUUCUCCCCUUCGUGGUCUUCCUCAACCCAAGGAUGGAUCUUUCUUCAUGGGACAAUUUAAGGAUAUUAGGACUCAGCCCACAGGUAUACCCAUGAGGAAGUGGGUUGCCACUAUACCAAAUGAUGGCAUUAUUCGGUACCUUGGCCCGUUCAACCAGGAGCGUUUACUCAUAACUGGUCCCAAAGCCCUUGCUGAGGUUUUAGUUACCCGAAACUAUGACUUUCAGAAGCCAGGCACUAUCCGCUUCGGUCUCAGUCGUCUCCUAGGUGUUGGGGUACUUCUUGCCGAGGGUGAUGAACACAAAUUCCAGCGCAAAAACCUCUUGCCUGCAUUCGCAUUUCGACACAUCAAGGAACUCUAUCCGACGUUUUGGUCAAAGGGUCGUGAAGUUGUACAGGUUAUGACGAAGACUGUUAUUGCCAACGCACAGAAUGAAACAUCUUCCCAAGACCCCGAGAAAGCGAAGAAGACGGGUGUCAUCGAGGUUGGUGAUUGGGGGUCCCGGGUGACGCUAGACAUCAUUGGUCUUGCUGGGUUUGGUCAAGACUUCGGUGCUAUCCAGGAUCCAAAUGCGGAACUCAGUCAAACAUAUCGAGAUGUUUUCAAGCCAUCAAGACAGGCCCAGAGGCUGGCUUUCUUAAACUUGCUAUUUCCUAACUGGUUUCUCGCUCGGCUCCCUAUCAAACGCAACAACGACAUAAGCGCAGCAUCCGAAACUAUUCGAAACGUAUGCCGGAGACUGAUACGAGAAAAGAAGGAGAAGCUAGCGCGAAAAGAGCUUAAAGAUCUCGAUAUCCUUUCCGUCGCUUUAGAAUCUGGCGGGUUCACGGAUGAGAACCUCGUCGAUCAGCUCAUGACUUUCCUAGCAGCCGGCCACGAGACGACGGCUACCGCGAUGAGCUGGGGUAUAUACAUGCUCUGCCGGAACCCCGAAAUACAAGCACGACUACGCGCCGAGAUUCGAGAAAACCUACCCCCUAUCGACUCGGACCAGGAAGUCAAUAGCCAAGACAUCGACAACCUGCCUUAUCUAAACGCCGUCGCUAACGAGGUCUUACGCUACUACGCCCCUGUCCCGCUCACGCUUCGCGAGGCUACCGUAGACACGACGAUACAAGGACAGAGAGUGCCCAAGGGAACGGCAGUCAUGUUAUCGCCGUGGGCCACGAACUUCGACAAGACUCUGUGGGGCCCUGACGCGGAUGAGUUUAACCCAGACCGUUGGUUGCCGAAGGGUCCCGACGACAAGAAAGCCGCCAGCGGAGGCGCGUCGAGCAACUACGCAUUCCUGACAUUCCUCCACGGCCCAAGGAGUUGCAUCGGCUUGGCCUUCGCCAGGGCUGAGUUCGCGUGCUUGCUCGCGACGUGGGUUGGCCGGUUCGAGUUCGCUCUGAGGGACGAAAAGUACAGGGACGAGAAGAACAUAACGAUUAAGGGAGGCAUCACUGCUAGGCCGGAAUACGGCAUGCAUGUCUACGCUACGGUCGUGGACGGGUGGUGA